AGCAGCCGCCCCACCUCCAAGGCGUUGUGGAAGAAAGGAUCACAUUCGGGAGGCUGGCGCAGAGAGGCGAUAGACAGGCAUCAGUCCAUGUAUGUGUUUUUUACAAACUCCUUGGGGGAAAGAAGAAGGGAAGUGCAGCUGAGCUUUGUGUGCAAACAGGAUUCUUCUUCUUCUUCUUCUUCUUCUUUUCUUCUUCCCAGCGCCGCGUAGAGAUCGCGUCGCCUCGCUGCGCGCUCGGGAGCGACGCCAGGAGAAGUCGGACUCCCUCUGGGCGACGUGUGUUGACACAGGAUCCGUCCGCAGCCACGUUUUACCCACCGAGCUCGGCGGGGAUGGAACAGUGCGAGUCUGUGUAGCGUUUGAGGAGGAGGAGGAGGAGCAGAGACACGCAUCCACACCACAAGGCGCAUUACCCGAGGUCCCCUCGCUUCGGAUGAACAUGGAGAGUUGCAGCUGAUCGACGGGCGCCAGCACAUGUCGCGCGUCUGUGCGGGAGCUCAUCGCCUCGUCGCGUGAAACUUUCGCCGUGGAUGCGCGCAUGGGAACUGUCGCGCACUGACCACAGUUACGCACGGUCCGCGGUCGCCGGGAAUGGUGCGCGCGGUGUCAUCCCACUCGCAGUAGUUCUCUAGUCCCCGCCGGGAGCCCCCAUGGAGAGCCAGGGCGAGAGGGGGAACGGCCCCCCGCGCCGGGACGGGCCGAGGUUCGCGCUCACCUACAUCGGCGGCUGCCCGCUGGACCGGCGGACCACCCUGCCCAUGCUGCCGUGGCUGGUGGCCGAGAUCCGGCGGCGCGGCGAGCGCGGCGACUGCGGCCCCGCGGUGCAGCCCCGGGAGGUGCAGCUGGUGCUCAGCCCGCCGCUCGUCCGCUGCGUGCCCGCCAGCAGCGGCGGCAGCGCCGCCGUGUUCAUCUUCGAGCACACGGCGCAGCGCAUCUCGCGCUUCGUCCACAACAGCAACGACCUCACCUACUUCGCCUACCUGCUGCGCGGCCAGCCGGACAACCCCGAGGCCGACAUGUCCUGUCACGUCUUCAAGGCCGGCGACCCCAACCAGGUCCCCGAGGUGAUCAGCAGUAUUCGCCAAGUGUCCAAAUCGGCCCUAAAGGAAGACACCAAGCCCAAACAGGAAGCCGAAGAGGCCUUCUACAACUCCCAGAAGUUCGAAGUGCUUUACUGUGGCAAGGUGACGGUUGGGCACAAGAAGGCUCCGUCCACCCUCGUCGACGACUGCAUCGACAAGUUCCGCCAGCAUGAGGUCGAGCGCAAGCGCCUGCGCCUGCUCAACGGUCAGCGAGGGUCGACGGACGGCGCCCCGGUGGAGUUCCUCAUGGGGGCCGAGGGGGACCCGCUCUCCGCCGCUCUCCGUGGGAGUACAGGAGACCCCGACGUACCCGGAGUGGAGGACGUGACUGCAGGUGGAGGUAAAGGCCUCUCCAGCAGUGCCAGUCAAAGCAGCCUGCGGGGAGCGUUCCCCGAGUGCAUCCUGGAGGACUCUGGGUUCGAGGAGCCCCAGGAGUUCCGUGCGCGCUGCAGCAGCCUGGCCGGCAGUCUGCAGAACAAGCCGGGGGAAGGCGUCCUCCUGAAUCCCGCGCGCCGCAGACACGCCAGCGCGCCGAACCACGUCCAGCCGUCUGACGCGGACAAGAACCGCACCAUGCUCUUCCAGGUGGGACGUUUCGAAGUAAACCUCAUAAGUCCAGACAGCAAAACAGUGGUGCUGGAGAAGAACUUCAAAGAUAUCUCGUCCUGCUGUCAGGGUAUCAAGCAGACCGACCAUUUGGGAUUCAUCUGUAGGGACCAGGCCGAGUCGGGCCCCCGCCAGUACGUCUGCUACGUUUUCCAGUGUGCCAGUGAGUCCCUGGUGGACGAGGUGAUGCUGACCCUGAAGCAGGCCUUCAGCACAGCAGCGACCCUGCAGAGCAACAAAACCCCGAUCCAGCUGUGUGAAGCCUGCCCCAUGCAUGACUUGCACAAGCUCUGCGAGCGGAUUGAAGGUCUCUACCCACCCAGAGCAAAGUUAGCCAUCCAAAAAUAUCUGUCCCAGCUGACGGACAAUGAGCAGGCAGAGAUUUUUGAACGAGUUCAGAGGUUGAAGCCUGUGUCCGACCAAGAAGAGAAUGAGCUGGUGAUUCUCCACGUGCGACAGCUCUGUGAAACCAAACAGAAGUCCCACCUUCACAUUGGAGAAGCCCCUCAGAAUGCAGCAAACAGCUCAGCAGCAGGCGACGGCGCAGCCUCCAGCAGUCGGUUCAAACUUGACAUCCUCAAGAAUAAAGCGCGCACCUCCCUCACCAGCUCUCUGGAGAACAUCUUCGCGAGGGGCGCCAGCCGAAUGCGAGGCCGCCUGGGAAGCAUGGGAAGCAUCGGCAGCUUUGACAGACAGGAUGAGGAGUCUCCCGGUCACUCGCCUCCAGGCUCCCCUCCCGCGUUCCCCGACGAUGACCCGGAAGGCGGCCUGCAGUUCCGUCGGCGCGCCCACACCUUCAGCCAUCCACCUGUGAAGAAGCGCAUUUCCUUCGAGGGGCAGCCCGCCUGCCAGGGCAAACACGCCCCGCUGCGCAGGCAGCAGUCGGUCACGCCGGAACUGCUGCAGAGCAGGCCCGUGGCCGUCUCGAGAACGCGCAGCGUUUCGGAGAGCGAAUCCUCCUUCGGCCUCCCCUCCUCCUUCUCCGCCCCCACUUUCCUGAAAAGCAUUUACCAGGGCUCCCUGGGCUCCCUGGGCUCCCUGAGCUCCCUGGCAGACAGUGGGAGCCUCAAGAGCAAUGGGGAGGGCAGGAAGAGGACCCUGUCCGGCUGCAGCAGUGACUCAGUGAGCGCGGGUCUCCCGCCGACCCCACGCAGGGUCUCCUGGCGACAGAAGAUCUUCCUGAGUGUUGCUUCGCCCAUGAACAAGCCGUCCGCAUCCAUGCAGCACCCAGAUCACAGGGAGCUGUUGCCUCUCUCCCCUCGCCACUUGGACUCCAGUCUGGACCCCUUGGGGCGCCUGCCGCUGCCGUCGACGGGCGACCCCCCGACCGGGGAGAGGCCCAACAAGACCGCGGCCGACUACCGGGCCCUGUGGAAGACUGCCAUCCGCCAGCAGAUCCUUCUGCUGCGCAUGGAGAAAGAGAACCAGAGACUGGAGGAAGCGAGCAGAGAUGAGCUGCACAUCCGCAAGAUGAAGUUGAACUACCAGGAAGUGGGCCAGUGCUCCAAAGACGAGCAGGCAUUCUGGGAGAGAAAGCUGACGGCCCCGGGCCGAACGACGGUCCCACAAGACAAGGAGGAGAUGUAUCGCGCUCUCUGCCAAGGUGUUCCCAAGAGCAGGCGUGGGGAGGUCUGGCUGCUCCUGUCCCACCAGCACCGGCUGCGUCACAGGCUGCCCCAGCGCCAUCAUGCCCCGGACACCGCCUACCAUGACCUGCUGAAGCAGCUCACUGCACAGCAGCACGCUAUUCUGGUGGAUCUGGGCAGGACCUUCCCCACCCACCAGUACUUCUCAGCCCAGCUGGGCGCGGGGCAGCUUUCCCUUUACAACCUCCUGAAGGCCUACUCUCUGCUGGAUACAGAGGUCGGCUACUGCCAGGGUAUCAGCUUUGUGGCCGGAGUGCUGCUGCUGCACAUGAGCGAAGAACAGGCCUUCGACAUGUUGAAGUUCCUGAUGUAUGACCUCGGCAUCAGGCGGCAGUUCCGACCCGACAUGGUCUCUUUGCAGGUUCAGAUGUACCAGCUCUCCAGGCUGUUGCACGACUACCACCGCGAGCUGUACAAUCACUUCGAGGAGCACGAGAUCUGCCCGAGCCUCUACGCGGCGCCGUGGUUCCUCACCCUCUUCGCCUCGCAGUUCCCACUCAACUUUGUGUCCCGCAUCUUUGAUUUUGUGUUUGCCCAGGGGACCGAAGUGAUUUUCAAAGUGGCCCUCUGUCUGCUGAGCAGCCAUGAGGGGGAGAUAGUGGAGUGUGACAGCUUCGAGAGCAUCGUGGACUUUCUGAAAACGACACUUCCCACCCUCACUCAGACACAGAUGGAGCAGACCAUUGCAAAGGUGAUGGAGAUGGACAUCUCCAAGCAGCUGCACACGUAUGAGGUGGAGUACCACGUCCUUCAGGACGAGAUGAUCGAGGCCGGACCGCUGCCCGAUGACUCUGACCGGCUCGACAAACUAGAAAAGACAAACACGCAGUUGAAGAAACAGAACAUGGACCUGCUGGAAAAACUUCAGGCUGCACGGCAGAAGAUCCAGACGCUGGAGACCAGCGUGGAGAACUUCCUAUCUCGGGAGAGCAAAAUGAAGCACAUGAUUCGCUCUCUGGAGCAGGAGAGGGCCACUCACCAGAAGACCAUUGAACGCAUGCGCACUUGCCUUCCCUCUGACACCCUGACAGAUGUGGAGAUGACCCAGAUCAAAACAGGACCCAACGGGAAAGCCAAAACUGCAGCCAAGAAGCCCUGAUGGCAACCAGGGAGGGCUGGCUGCUCUGGGCAGACGCUCAGAAAAAAAAGAAAAAAAAAGACUGAAGUGAACAAAUGGAGACUGCUUUAAGUGGAGGGCUGCUCAGUUCCACGGCUAUUGUGUUGUGCUUGCUGCGCAAGAGUGGCAGUGUCUUUGUAAAUGUGAUGCGAUGUGAACUCGAGGCGUAUAAGCCGUGUAUGGAAAAAUGUGUGAUGUUUGUCGGCAGAUAAUGGGAGUGGUGGGAGGAUGGUUUCAGUCGUAAUAGCGAACAGACUGUGCCGCCGGAGCUGCGGCUCCGGCUUCUUCUUUGUCACUGGCAGUUUGAAGGUGAGAUGCACCACAUCCUUCCCUAUUCAGAUCUCCUGGUAAUCACAGGGAUAUUUUCUGCAUUGACCCAAAGUGAGCAAUGUGUCUGCCUCUGCAAAUCAUUUCGAGUGCUGCGCUUGGUGUAUUUUCUACCAGUGCCGGUAGCAGCACAAAGGCGGCGAACAGAAGGCGCCUGUUGGCAAAUAGUCCUUUGGACCUCAGGUUCAACAUAUAGCCAUUUCCAGCGGACCCCGGAGUUGAGUUUAUAACUUUUUGUCUGUGAUGGAAACCCUGCCUCAGGCUAAACAAAUUGCUUUGUUUUUACCUUGUAUUCACUUGAAAUGUUUGUGAAUGUUAUUUCCCCUCCAAAGAUCAUUGUGAAUAUAUUCUGUUUUUCACCACAGAGGCAUCUGGGCACACGUCAGCAAAUCCGCAGUUUCUCACUGCUCCCCUCUCAGCACCAGGCCUCUCGCCGUCACACCAGAGAGCUUCGGUGCUCGCACUUGCUGACUUUUUUUUAAGGAGGAAGUGUCUCUUCCAGAAGUCAGACAGGAUGUGAUGUCGCCUGCCUGCUCAGCUUCCUGUGUGACUGACCGCGGUGUCGCCUCGUCGCAGCACCGCGUUCAGACACCGAGGCAGAGUUCACACUCCCCAGGAGGCACCGGAAAAUAACACACGAAGGUCGGAGUAGCCGUCUGACUGUGGCUCACAUCACAUGCCCCCUUGUCUAAAAGUCUUCAUGGCUUCUUGUUUUUUGACAGAUAAUCUUUUACUGUAGUAUCUGAAUGUGGGACGACGAGCAAACAACACAUAUGAGCAUGCUGCAUUGAUGUUGGUCACAUGUACGACUCAAGUGAAACUCCAAUGUUCUAGAUGAGUAGAGAGACUGCAAAGGAAAUAAGAAUGAAAGGAAAAUGUCAGUUUCCUUUUGAGUUGCUCUCUGCAAAACACAAGCAGUGUCCUGGCUGAUUGUGUGAUCAGACAUUUAUGUUAAUUCAAAAGAGUGUCCCUGGUUCUCUCAUCAGUUUUUUUUUUUAUCCCGCCUCUGUGUCUGACAGUCCUGGGCUUUCAUAACACACCUAAACAUUAAAACCAAGGUGAUGUCUGUCUCGAGACUGUCUGCCAGUCUUCCUGUCCUUGGUGACAAAUUGUGGUGACACAUUCAUGUGUAUUUCAGCAUAAAGCUUUUAUGCUCAAACUUGGGCCCUUUGCCCUGCGAUGCAACAUGUCCAUGUUUUGCAGGCGUCUGUAAUUACACAGAGCACUUGCCUACUUUUGCAAAGACUAAUCGACUCAAGGUUUGAUGUGUGGGUAAAUGCCGACUGACGUUCCCUGAAAUGCUCUUGUGGUAAUUUGACGUGACAUUUGUAAAAGUUUGCACCAAACUUCUCAUAAAUAAUAGAGAAACGGUGGCCUCCGAACGGCAGGGAUUCUCUCAAGAGUGCAGGAUGUGAAACAUAUCAAACGCAACGUUAAAUCUGUUGGGAGGAUAUGUCCAAUGCAGUCCUGCUGACAACUUCGAACCAAAGUUGUUAAAAAAAAAAUGAAUGAAUGAGAAAUGACCAUAUUCACCCAAAAGUGCUGCGAUGUAUUGUGCGUUGAAUAGGAUAACCUUUUUGUCACUACACCUGUUCAGCCUUCUUAAGGUUUUUACUAAGACAUAUGCUUGAAAAGAUACCAAAUAUUGGCAGUAAAAACUUGACACUAAAAAAAAAAAAAGACCAUCAGUUGACAUGUUUUCUCAUCAUUACACUAUGUUUAUUUCCUCUCAGCUUAUUAAGUUGUGCCAAAAGUGAAUGUUGGCCUUUUAUUCUCCAUUGAUCGGAGGUUGGAGGCCGUUUUUGUCGAUGUCUAAAGUAAAGCACUUCUUCGUAGCCAGUGAAGGGUCUUUAUUUUUAGAUCAGGUGCUCUUAGUCCUGACUACUAAAUAGUGCUUAUAUCACUGUGUUUUAAGACUGUCAACACAAGGGCUACUCAAAGGAACUGUCAUGAAUACUUCAAUAAACCUCACCUUGCCUUGUU